AUGUCCAAUGGACGUGAUUCUCUGGGGGCGGAAGCCAAGGACGCUGCCCCAGGCGCGGUGCCAAGUGUCAUCGGUACUUCGCGCGCUUCAGAUGAGAGUACUGCCUCGGGCGUUCAAACGUCUUAUGCUGUCGGUGAUCUUGGAUUUCAGGUAACCCGGACAGUCAUCCCGCCGCGUCUCGUGUCAGUCGACCAAGAUGACGUUGAAAUGGCAUCGUCGGUGUACUCUGACCCAGCGAUCGCACCCAGGAAGGCCGCGACGACUGCCGAGCCGAAACUCAGGGUCUCUGCCCCGACUUCGGGAUUUAGCGGCCCGAGGGAUGUCAGCGCCGAUGAGCGGAGUCAACACCAGAACUCUAAGCGCACACAGCAUGGACCGCCUCGCCCGCAAGUCCCGUCGACACCAUCCGCGCUGUCCACGCCGUCGCUGUCUUCUCUUCCAGCGUACAAGUCCUCGGCUAGUGCUUCACUCCAGAAUUCCACUCCCCUGAACUCCAUGUCCAAUGGACGUGAUUCUCUGGGGGCGGAAGCCAAGGACGCUGCCCCAGGCGCGGUGCCAAGUGUCAUCGGUACUUCGCGCGCUUCAGAUGAGAGUACUGCCUCGGGCGUUCAAACGUCUUAUGCUGUCGGUGAUCUUGGAUUUCAGGUAACCCGGACAGUCAUCCCGCCGCGUCUCGUGUCAGUCGACCAAGAUGACGUUGAAAUGGCAUCGUCGGUGUACUCUGACCCAGCGAUCGCACCCAGGAAGGCCGCGACGACUGCCGAGCCGAAACUCAGGGUCUCUGCCCCGACUUCGGGAUUUAGCGGCCCGAGGGAUGUCAGCGCCGAUGAGCGGAGUCAACACCAGAACUCUAAGCGCACACAGCAUGGACCGCCUCGCCCGCAAGUCCCGUCGACACCAUCCGCGCUGUCCACGCCGUCGCUGUCUUCUCUUCCAGCGUACAAGUCCUCGGCUAGUGCUUCACUCCAGAAUUCCACUCCCCUGAACUCCAUGUCCAAUGGACGUGAUUCUCUGGGGGCGGAAGCCAAGGACGCUGCCCCAGGCGCGGUGCCAAGUGUCAUCGGUACUUCGCGCGCUUCAGAUGAGAGUACUGCCUCGGGCGUUCAAACGUCUUAUGCUGUCGGUGAUCUUGGAUUUCAGGUAACCCGGACAGUCAUCCCGCCGCGUCUCGUGUCAGUCGACCAAGAUGACGUUGAAAUGGCAUCGUCGGUGUACUCUGACCCAGCGAUCGCACCCAGGAAGGCCGCGGCCCGAGGGAUGUCAGCGCCGAUGAGCGGAGUCAACACCAGAACUCUAAGCGCACACAGCAUGGACCGCCUCGCCCGCAAGUCCCGUCGACACCAUCCGCGCUGUCCACGCCGUCGCUGUCUUCUCUUCCAGCGUACAAGUGCUUCACUCCAGAAUUCCACUCCCCUGAACUCCAUGUCCAAUGGACGUGAUUCUCUGGGGGCGGAAGCCAAGGACGCUGCCCCAGGCGCGGUGCCAAGUGUCAUCGGUACUUCGCGCGCUUCAGAUGAGAGUACUGCCUCGGGCGUUCAAACGUCUUAUGCUGUCGGUGAUCUUGGAUUUCAGGUAACCCGGACAGUCAUCCCGCCGCGUCUCGUGUCAGUCGACCAAGAUGACGUUGAAAUGGCAUCGUCGGUGUACUCUGACCCAGCGAUCGCACCCAGGAAGGCCGCGACGACUGCCGAGCCGAAACUCAGGGUCUCUGCCCCGACUUCGGGAUUUAGCGGCCCGAGGGAUGUCAGCGCCGAUGAGCGGAGUCAACACCAGAACUCUAAGCGCACACAGCAUGGACCGCCUCGCCCGCAAGUCCCGUCGACACCAUCCGCGCUGUCCACGCCGUCGCUGUCUUCUCUUCCAGCGUACAAGUCCUCGGCUAGUGCUUCACUCCAGAAUUCCACUCCCCUGAACUCCAUGUCCAAUGGACGUGAUUCUCUGGGGGCGGAAGCCAAGGACGCUGCCCCAGGCGCGGUGCCAAGUGUCAUCGGUACUUCGCGCGCUUCAGAUAAGAGUACUGCCUCGGGCGUUCAAACGUCUUAUGCUGUCGGUGAUCUUGGAUUUCAGGUAACCCGGACAGUCAUCCCGCCGCGUCUCGUGUCAGUCGACCAAGAUGACGUUGAAAUGGCAUCGUCGGUGUACUCUGACCCAGCGAUCGCACCCAGGAAGGCCGCGACGACUGCCGAGCCGAAACUCAGGGUCUCUGCCCCGACUUCGGGAUUUAGCGGCCCGAGGGAUGUCAGCGCCGAUGAGCGGAGUCAACACCAGAACUCUAAGCGCACACAGCAUGGACCGCCUCGCCCGCAAGUCCCGUCGACACCAUCCGCGCUGUCCACGCCGUCGCUGUCUUCUCUUCCAGCGUACAAGUCCUCGGCUAGUGCUUCACUCCAGAAUUCCACUCCCCUGAACUCCAUGUCCAAUGGACGUGAUUCUCUGGGGGCGGAAGCCAAGGACGCUGCCCCAGGCGCGGUGCCAAGUGUCAUCGGUACUUCGCGCGCUUCAGAUGAGAGUACUGCCUCGGGCGUUCAAACGUCUUAUGCUGUCGGUGAUCUUGGAUUUCAGGUAACCCGGACAGUCAUCCCGCCGCGUCUCGUGUCAGUCGACCAAGAUGACGUUGAAAUGGCAUCGUCGGUGUACUCUGACCCAGCGAUCGCACCCAGGAAGGCCGCGACGACUGCCGAGCCGAAACUCAGGGUCUCUGCCCCGACUUCGGGAUUUAGCGGCCCGAGGGAUGUCAGCGCCGAUGAGCGGAGUCAACACCAGAACUCUAAGCGCACACAGCAUGGACCGCCUCGCCCGCAAGUCCCGUCGACACCAUCCGCGCUGUCCACGCCGUCGCUGUCUUCUCUUCCAGCGCACAAGUCCUCGGCUAGUGCUUCACUCCAGAAUUCCACUCCCCUGAACUCCAUGUCCAAUGGACGUGAUUCUCUGGGGGCGGAAGCCAAGGACGCUGCCCCAGGCGCGGUGCCAAGUGUCAUCGGUACUUCGCGCGCUUCAGAUGAGAGUACUGCCUCGGGCGUUCAAACGUCUUAUGCUGUCGGUGAUCUUGGAUUUCAGGUAACCCGGACAGUCAUCCCGCCGCGUCUCGUGUCAGUCGACCAAGAUGACGUUGAAAUGGCAUCGUCGGUGUACUCUGACCCAGCGAUCGCACCCAGGAAGGCCGCGACGACUGCCGAGCCGAAACUCAGGGUCUCUGCCCCGACUUCGGGAUUUAGCGGCCCGAGGGAUGUCAGCGCCGAUGAGCAGAGUCAACACCAGAACUCUAAGGGCGUGGUGCGCUCUCGACGCUCGACGACGUCCAGGAGAUCAGCUGCGUCGAGCCGCUCGAGUGGAUCCAGGAAUCUUGGGUCAGCUUCGUCAGUGUCCGCGAGGUCUGGGCCCGCCCAAAUCGAGCUGAAUGUCUUGCGACAACAGCAGGAGUGGCAGGCCCGCAUGGAGCAGGAGCAACGCGAGUUUCCCGCCAGAGAACGCCUGGAUGCCUUGGAGGGCGAGCUCCUCUGGGAACAACGUGACCUGGACGCACGUCGCCAGAUCCAGGAACUCACGGAUCGUUUGGUCCACGCUGAGAUCGCCUGGGGAGAAGCGAAACGCCGUGCGCAGGACGUGGAAGCUCGCCAGACCCAGAGUUCCAAUGAAACUCAGGGGAUGACCCAGAGUAUCACGGAAGCUGUACGUCUCGAGCGUGAGCGCCUGGAUGCCGCCUACGCCGAGCGCUGGCAACAGCGCGAAGUCGAAGCCGACUCGGAGCGUGCGCGCUGGGUUUCCGAGACCUAUGCGGGCUGGAAGGAACAAAUGUCGACGAUGGAGCAGAAGAUCCAAGAGCUCGAAGCGGAAAAAGAGCGAGAGCGGGAGGCUUCCGAGAAUAUCCAGCGCUUCCACGCCGGCCAAGUGUGCGACCUUCGUGCAACAUUGGCCCAAGUUCAAGCGCGUCGCGCAACCGUCGCCCCUGAUUUGGCAACAAAUGUGAGGUCGUCAGUGGUUCAGAACCCUGAAGUUGCAACCCGACCCCAAGAAUCCAGUGGCGCAAUCAUCGGAAUCGCAAGUGUCGCAGGCCAGAGACGGGAGACAGCUGAUCCGAAGAACACUUCCGAAGUCGCCGCCUCCCAGCUAAGAGCGACCCUCGCGCAGACUUCCGCCGACACUUCCGGCAGAAUCGCGCGCGUCAAGCGGGGACAUGGCACUACGGAGACCAAGGUGACGCAGGAUGUCAAGCUUGAGCCUGUAUUUCUGGGGAAGACGUCGGAUCCCAGGAGAACAGCGGCCUCUAAGGCCUCGCAGGACUCAAAAACAGACUCCAAGCGCUCUGCGACCAAGAAACACCAGCAGAAGAAGAAGAAGCGUCAGGAUGUCAAUCCACCCUCAGACUCAGACCCAAGUUCCGAUUCCAGCGAUGAUGACUCGUCCUCCCAGAGUUCGGAUGACAGUUCGGACGAGAACCCUGGGGUUAACCUGACGGCGGCCUCUACGGCUCAAGCUGGCACUACGCUCCUGACGUUCCGACCAUACAUCAACUCGAAUACUCUGGAUCAAUUCGAUACUAAGGUGUCGCUCAGAGAACGCGUGCAUUGGUGGGAGCGUUUUGCGAACAUGGCGGCUCAGGGAGGUUGGUCUACGAAGAUGCGAAUUCAGGAACUCAAGCUGAAGCUCUCAGGAGCUGCGCGUGACUGGUUCAACCAGUUGCCCAAGCACACUCAGCGUGACUGGAAGGAGUUGGCGUCUGCAUUCAGGAAGAACUCAGAGAGCGCCCUGGAUUUCUUCUAUCGUCUGAACUCCGCCGCUGGGAAGGCUGACAUUGACUUUCGCAAGUCUUCGAAGCGUCUGGAGAAGCAUAUCCGGACGUUCAUCACGAAACUCAGGGACACGCGCCUCAAGACGUCGCUGCAAGGCCAGCGAUUCAGGAGUAUCGCUGAUCUAGAGUACGCCCUGGAACAGGACGAAGAUGUCUGGAGUCGCAGUGACCAUGAUGCUCCGCCACCCAGAGCUCGUGACUUUCGUACCGACAACAUUCCUCAGGGACGUUUCAAGCCGAAGCGACAAGGACGUGCGUAUGUGACUAGGGGCGAUGUCUCUGACUCUGAGUCAGACGAAGACCCUGAAAUUCACGCGCGUUUCCAGGAAAUCACGGACGAACCCAGAAUUUCAGCCCGAAGUGCGAGCGCGAAUUCAGGGUCAACUCGUGAGAUCUCUGGAGAGGAAGCUUCUACGUCUAGCGCUGGAAGCCUGGCGAGUAUGAAGGGUGCCGAGUGGGCUCAGACGCUGACGAACGAGGGCUAUCGCGUGAUGGAUAACAUGGGAUGGCGUCCACCGAACGCCCAGCCUGGACCGAACGCGAACUCUGGAUUCCGUUCCCCUCGCCGCGAGAACCGGAAUUGGGACAAGUUCUGCGAGAAGUGCGGUAAGUGGGGGCACCCAGAGGAAAACUGCUGGAAAGACGUGAAGUGUGAUCGCUGCCUGGAGAUGGGUCAUCCGACUCACUUGUGUCGCGCGCAACCGUGCAAGAACUGUGGCAAACUACAUCUCGGGAAACCGUGCAAAGACUGGAAGACACUGGAAGCUGUGAAGAAACUCGCCCGCCAAGGUGCACUGAAGGACAUGCCGAGCCAAAUCCUGGAUAAACUCCUGGAUGGCGAAGCAAACUCUGGGAGGCCGUCAAACCAAUAA